AUGUUCUCAGUCCGCAGCCCAGAAGAGCACCAAGCCCUCCGCCGCCCAGUGGCGCAGAAAUUCUCCAUGUCUGCCAUCCGAGCAAUGGAGCCAUUCGCGGACGACUGCACCGGCAUAUUCCUGGACGCAAUGCGAAGCCUCCAAGGCCAGGAUGUGGACCUGGGCUCCUGGCUACAGUGGUAUGCCUUUGACGUGAUUGGAGCGAUCACCUUCCAGCAGCAAUUUGGCUUUCUGGAGAAACGAGAGGACGUGCUAGGCAUGAUUUCGUCAAUUGAUUCGGCCUUGCGGUAUGCUGCACUCGCUGGCCAGAUACCGGCUGUGCACCCCUGGCUUAUGGGGAAUCGCUGGGUUGCGAAGCUAUUGGCUACGCAGCCGUUUUUUCGCAUUCCUGAUCCUUCACGGACGAUUGUGAAGUAUACGGAGGAGUGUAUCGAGGAAUAUGACCGCAAACCCGCAGCAGCGCACGGCGACAGAUCAGACUUUCUCUCAUGGCUGCGUGGGGAGGCCGCAAAAGGGAAGCCAAUGUCGCAGCGAGACUUUCUCAAUCACCUAAGCAAUAACCUACUGGCCGGCAGCGAUACGACUGCGAUCUCGCUCCGGGCAAUCAUUUACUACCUCGUCAAGACCCCAAGAGUAUACCGCAAGCUACAAGAGGAGAUUGACGCCGCAGACCGAGCCGGAAAGCUAUCGAAAUAUGUCACCUACGCAGAGUGUCUGCAACUACCAUACUUACAGGCAGUCAUGAAAGAGGCCAUGAGAUGCCACCCCGGCGUAUCCUACCCGCUCGAAAGAGUCGUGCCAGCCGCCGGUGUUGAUUUGUGCGGAGUGCACCUCGAUGCCGGAACAGUAGUCGGGAUUAACCCGGCCGUGAUCCAUCUCGACAAAGAGAUAUUCGGUGACGAUGCUGCAGAGUUUCGUCCGGAGCGCUGGACAGACGGCGCUGAUGAAAGAGUUAAACUGAUGGAUCGCCAUCUUAUGACGUUUGGAUAUGGCUCGCGCACGUGUAUCGGGAAGAACAUCUCCAUCAUGGAAAUGGGGAAGUUGGUUCCCCAGACCCUGCGGCAUUUCGAUAUCGAGUGGGCGUCUGAUGCCCCGGAGUGGCGGGUUGAGACUUUUUGGUUUGCGAAGCAGCAUGGGCUGGUCUGUCGACUUACUUCGCGGGCAGGCAAGAAUGGGAAUUAG